AAAGCAGAAGAAAAUGAGGAAAGGAGGAAGAUGAGAGGCGAAGAACGUAACAACUGAGAGGUUAUGUUUGUAACGAGGAUCUGUCAAAACGUGAAGAUCAACAGCGCCGAGGCAAAUCAGGGCUCUCCAGCAGAGGAAGAUCAGAAGGAUGGAUGCAAACACUGGUGGAAAAGUCAAAGGGAAAUAUCAGCAUUCCCUGCUUGUCUUUGGUGAAAGCCACAGAUGUGUUAAAUCUGCCAUGCUGCCCAGGCUUCCUGUCUGUAUCCUCAUUUCUUUGCCAGUUCUUCUGGUGCAGGGCAGCGCCGCGGAUUCAUCCAAGAAGAGCCCUGCUGCCCCAGCCACCCCGACUCCACCCCGCCCGCCUCCUCCUCUGGGUGACCCCAGCUGGGCUCUGGGUCUGCACCUGUACCAGGCUCUGCGCUCUGACUCAGGCUCUGUAAACACCCUCUUCUCUCCUCUGCUUGUGGCCUCCUCGCUGGGAGCGCUGGGUGAAGGUUCAGCAGGCACCACUUCCAGCCAGGUCCAUGACCUCCUCAAGACUCCAGUCGCCGCCGCCAAGGCUGGAGCCCGUGCUGGGGAGCUCCUGUCCAGGGCGUUGAAGAGCUUCACUGAAGCCAAUGGUACCAGCUUUCACCUGCACGCAUCCUCAGCUCUGUUUUCCAAGCAAGCUCCUCCAGUCAACAAGGCGUUUGUGAAGGAGAGCCAGGCCAGGUUCGGGCUGCAGCAUCAGCCACUGGGAAAAGGAGAUUCCAAGGCUGACCUGAAGAAGCUCCAUAGCUGGGCUAAAGCUGGGCUUGGUGGACUGGAGGGGGCUCCUUUAGCGUAUGAAAUACAGGCUAAGGAUGGAGCUUUGAUAGUGGCCAAUGCCCUGCACUUUAAAGGGCUGUGGGAGAGAGAGUUCAGCGGUGAGAGCACAGAUCAUCGUACAUUCUUGGGGAAGAAAUACACCAAAGUGAUGAUGAUGCACAGAGCAGGUUUGUACCGUCACCAUGAAGACAUUGAAAACAUGGUGCAGGUUCUGGAGGUGCCCCUAUAUGGGGGCAAGGCCAGCGUGGUGCUCCUGCUGCCCUUCCAUGUCGAGAGUCUGGCGAGGUUGGAGAAACUGCUGACACCUGAGCUGCUGUCCAAGUGGCUGGAGAAGACCAAUAUCACUAGUAUGUCCAUCUCGCUGCCUCGGGCAAACAUCACCAGCACACUCAGUCUGCAGAAACAGUUGUCUGCUUUGGGCUUGACUAACGCCUGGGACCAGAAGGCAGCUGAUUUCUCCGCGGUGUCCAGCAAGGGCAAGGGGAAACUCCACCUGGGUGGAGUCCUCCAUUGGGCUUCCCUUGAGUUGGCUGCUCAAGCUGGGAAAGGAGAAGCAGAUCUGGAGGAGGAGAACGUCGAAAAGCCCAAGCUGUUCUACGCCGAUCACCCCUUCAUCAUCUUUGUUAGAGACAAUGCCACUGGAGCCCUGCUGCUGAUGGGAGCUCUGGAGCAUGUAGAGGGAGAGGCCCUCCAUGAUGAACUGUAAUACCACCGACAUCUAUCCUUUUUCUUGUCUUCUUUGGCUCUGUUUCUUACACACUCCCUCUCAAAGACAACACACUGGUUUCUAAGUCGAGACAUUGUCAUUCACUGUGGCACACUAUCACAUCAAACUAUGGCUGGCUGUCAUACAUUGACACUGCAUAGUUUGGCACUGACUGACACUGACACUGCCAUACCCGACAGUUACACAGUCACACACACAUACCGACGCCUACAUGGCAUACAUAAAAAUACAGUAUAAGACAUUACUAAAGUUGACGGAUACAGCAAAAACACUAACUUGGAGUGACUUACUGCAUUUUCUCUCUCCCGCGCAUGUGCACCCCUACACACACGCACACACACACACACACACACA